UUUUAAAAGACGUCACUUGAAUGUCUUGAAGACACCAGGUAGCUAGCUAUAUAUAUAUAUAAGUCUCUGUCAUGCCCAAGGAAACAGUAUGCUGAUUUGACUGCAUCGCAGGCAUAGUUUUCACAUCCUGAGACAUUUUGCCACAAUGCGGUCCUUAUUCAUUCUCGCAUUCUUCUGCCUGGUCGGUUGGUCAUACUCACAAAAGUGUCCAGCUCGGUACUUGAGAUUUACACCAGUACAUUCCUUUUGCCUGCCACCCAACCCGACAUGCGAAAUCAAGCGCACAGGUGUCUCAGAAGUGGACAAAAAACUGAUCUUGAAACUCCACAAUCAAUUCAGAAGCAAAGUUGCGAUGGGGAAUGAACAUGGGUCUUUAGGAGGAAGUCUGCCACAAGCAGCCGACAUGCUUCAGAUGGAGUGGGAUGAUGAACUCGCUGCUGUUGCUCAAAAAUGGACUGAAAAUUGCAAAUGGGGCCAUGAUUGCAAGGAAUGCAGAGCAGUUGGAAACUUUGCUGUCGGACAAAAUCUUGUUAUUCAGGAUUGGUCACCAUGUUACGGUUAUGGAUGCAAGGAACCGAACAACGAUCCUCAGUGGACACAGGCAUUGACGGCACUCUAUAACGAAGUGAAUGACUACAAUGUAAACUGGUUAGGCAGUUACGAAAAGCAUGACGAACCCAAAAAAACAGGUCAUCUGACACAGUUGAUAUGGUCUAGAUCCUGGAGAGUCGGAUGCGGUUACUCAUAUUAUAAACAGGCAGGAGGUUAUCAUCUAUAUUACGCUUGCAACUAUGGACCUGGAGGAAAUAUUAUAGGAGAACCUGUGUAUAAGACCGGACGACCUUGCUCUGCUUGUCCAACCAAUACCCAAUGUUCAACUGUAGGCAGAGGAGCAAACAGUUUCGCAGGACUGUGCAAAAUGACAGAUCCAAACACAACACCAGCUUACCCAAGGAGUUCCAGAAGCAUUUUCCUCUGCGAUUUUACGAGUACUGACAGUGAUUGCGAAGCUGAAGGAUUUGGACAGGGUCGAUGGUCAGUAGUGCGCUCUGUUGGAGGAAAUUACAAAUCCAUUGUGCUAAAUGGCGGACAGUCUACUUCUUUCACAUUGACCACGCCCAUCACACCGAACGCAGAUGCGUUCUGUCUUGCCAUAACGUUCCGAAAAGGUCCUCUGGAUGCUACAUACAGGGAUGAAAGUAUUUUCAAGGCUGAUUUCAAAAUGGACUAUGCUUCGGUAAAUCCCAUUCAACUCCAGUUGGACACAACCAAUUUCAUGCAAUAUAAAUUGAACCUCCGAUGGAGAAUAAAGACAAAAGUCGGAUUUACUUUCUCCGUACCAAGAGGCGCAGGAAAGCAUGUUCUAGACAUAAGAAGAAUUGAAGCUUUCGACGGCAUGUGCAAUUGAAAGAAUAGAUUAAUAUCUGGCUUCUAUGAAUUAAAAUCUGUUUACUGUUUGUAUAGUAAUGAAAUAAUAAAGGAUAUAUUUUUUGAA